CCGCCCUCGUCGUCGCCGUCGACAACAGUCUCUCGCCCCGCGAACAUCACACUCUUUAGACCGUCCUUUCGUUCGAGCUGCCCCGUUUUGAAUUCGUCAUGUUCGCUAAGACUGUUCUCGCUCUGCUCGCCAUCGCUGCCCCGGCGCUCGCGGCGACGUGCUCGCGCAGCUACACCGUCCAGGAGGGUGAUAUCUGUGACAGCAUCUCCGCUGCCCAGAACGUAUCAACUUACCAGCUCGCUGUCGCCAACUCCAACAUCGACCCGGCAUGCUCAAAUUUGCUGCCCGGCGAGACCCUCUGCCUCGGUAACGAAGGCGAGGACUGCUCGACCACCUACGUCGUCAAGGCGGAUGACACUUGCGACACCAUCGGCGGCGUCGCCGGCGUCAACUCGACCAUGCUGACCCUCAACAACCCUCAGAUCAACCAGGACUGCACCAACCUCUACAUAGGCGAGGUUCUCUGCGUGGCCAACGCCGUCCAGGUCCCCGCCGCGCCGUCCACGCCGGUCCUGACCUCUAUCCCUGCGACGGCGACGCCCGUCCUAUCCACCGUCGCGGCCUCCACGUCCGUCGCCGUCACCACCACCGCCUCCGCCGCCGAAGCAUCCGAGACGGACGACGACGAAGACCUCCCGUGGUGCGACGAGCUCUAAUGACCUCGUCCACCCCAUCCAGUACCGUUUCCAAGAGGGGUUUUGGGCCGUCGGAGCGAUCCCUACGUCGCAUAUAGUCCCCCUAGGCUGGUGUCUUCGACGGAUUGAGCUGGUCUUACACCCUCCCCCUUUCUUCCUUUUCCCUCCUAGUAUCCAGGACCUCCCGCUCGCUCUCCCAACUCGUCCGCCAAUCUGCAUGUAUAUGUUGGAGCACGCUCUCGUUUGAUACCCCACGCAUAUACCUACCUACCUUCCGUCAUAUCUCUUGCUCGUGAUAUGUGGUAUAGCAGCAGCCUAUAACACUAAUCGUUCAUAACCUGAAAUGGAAACAAUGUGGC